UCCUCGACGAGCCGAGUCUUUUGCGCUUCAUACAACGAAACUCUUUCGUCGCGACGGCAAGCUCGCGCGCGUUAGACCUCUCUUUUCGCAACCACAAAACCGAAUAAACAAGAAACCGCCCAACAUGUCCGGCUGGGUCGAUUGGUCAAAGACCACGCAAUCCCGCAACUACCGCGGUUCAACCUCCUUUGCGACGUUCAUGAUCAUCGGGCCAACCUGCUUCUUCCUAGGCAUCCUCUUCGCCUCCUUCCCCUACGACUUUCCCCUCCUCUGGACCUCGGCCCCCGUCCCAGAAACUUUCUUCACCCACCUCGAAACCCACCUCAAAUUCAUGCACCAGUCCCCCCCGCUCAUCGGCCGCCUCCUCAACAUCAUCGUCUUCACCGGCUUCCUCGGCUUCUUCAUCAAGCUCUUCCGCCCCUCGGAAGCAAACGUCCUCUUUGACGGCGCCUCCCUCGUCCUCUACCUCAUCGGCGUCGGCGUCUACAUCACAAACAUUGUCAAGGGGCUGAGGUCCGUCAGCGCGGGCAUCUGGGAUGAUCCCAACUUCACGGGCGAAGUGAAAGACGGUCCCGUCACGGGGGAGAUUAUUCUGGGCAAGGAGGAUAGCUUAAAGGUGCUGGCGGCGAGCAAUACCAUUUUGGCGCUCGUGUUGGUUGGCGUGUUGGUGUUGCAGGCUGGGCAGUGGUAUGCUGAGCGCAAGGACCGCGAGGACUUUGCGAAGCUGGAGAAGGAGGAGAAGGGGGCCAAGGGAUCUGCGAGCAAGAAGAAGCAGUGAAUACUGGGCGGGUGAGGACUCUUCUGGGUGUUUGCGCAGGUGGCGUGUUCCGCAGAGAUGGUAGUGUUGAGGGGCUACGGCAUAUCGUGAUAUUCGCAUGCCCCCUUCGACUUGAAAUGCGUUGAUGGUAGUUGCGGUGACAUUUGUCGAUCGCAUCGGUUCAAAUAAGGAUCACUGUAUGAGGCGCACCAUCAGUGAACAGGCAGA